UCGCGGGCGUGGGGCGGCGGGUAUGCGCGUGCGCGCCCGGUGUCUGGUCGUGCUUUGACAGGCGGCGGCGGUGGCGGCGGGCUCUUCUUGCCUGGGCUGAUCCAGACACCCGCGGCGGCGGUGGCGACCCCGCGGCGGGCGCGGAAAUGUGGCCGCUGGUGGUGGCGUUGCUGCUGGGCUCGGCGUGCUGCGGUUCAGCUCAAUUAAUAUUUAAUAUCACAAAAUCAGCAGAAUACACCAUUUGUAAUGAAACUGUCGUCAUCCCAUGCUUUGUUGGUAAUUCGGGAGCAAAGAGCCUUAGAGAAAUAUAUGUAAAGUGGAAAUUUAAAGGAAAAGACAUUCUCAUCUUCGAUGGAGAAAAAGAAAGUUCCAUCACCAACAAUGAAUUUAAGAGUGCAAAAAUUUCGCCACCUGAUUUACUGAAUGGGAUUGCCUCUUUGAAGAUGGAUAGGAGUGAAGCUGUCGUUGGAAACUACACUUGUGAAGUAACAGAAUUAAGCAGAGAAGGGGAAACCAUCAUAGAGCUGAAAUAUCGUGUUGUUUCAUGGUUUUCUCCAAAUGAAAAUAUCCUCACUGUUAUUUUUCCAAUUUUGGCUAUACUGUUGUCCUGGGGACAAUUUGGUAUUGUGACACUUAAAUAUAAAUCGAGUUACACAAAGGAGAAAACCAUUCUUUUAUUUGUUGCUGGACUAGUGCUCUCUGCCGUUGUCAUCGUUGGAGCCAUUCUUUUUGUCCCAGGUGAAUAUUCAGCAAAAAAUGCUUCCGGACUCGGUUUAAUUGUAAUUCCUACAGCGAUAUUAAUAUUACUUCAGUUCUGUGUUUUUAUGAUAGCUAUUGGGAUGUCCUCCUUCACCAUUGCCAUAUUGAUACUUCAGGUGCUGGGCUAUGUGCUCUCUUUGGUUGGCCUAAGCCUCUGUGUCACAGAGUGCACCCCAGUACAUGGCCCUCUUCUGAUUUCAGGUUUGGGUAUUAUAGCUCUAGCAGAAUUACUUGGAUUAGUUUAUAUGAAAUUUGUUGCUUCCAAUCAGAAAUCUAUACAACCUCCUAGGAAAGCUGUAGAGGAACCCCUUAAUGCAUUUAAAGAACCAAAAGGAAUGAUGAAUGAUGAAUAACUGAAGUGAAGUGAUGGACUCCGAUUUGGAGAUGAGUAAGAUGUGAAAGGAGUACACUUGUGUUUAAGCACCAUGGCCUUGAUUCACUGUUCAAGAGAAGAAAACAAGAAACAUAAAUGGUAUUCAUCUGUGAGAGAAUAUAAUUCAUUGACCCUUAAAAUGAUUGUUACAGUUUUUAUUCAAAGCAUAUGUAAUUUAGUUAAUAAAAGAAUCACGAUGUGGUAUGUGCCCAAUUGAGAUCCAGUUUAGGUUGUUUUUUUUGUUUUUGUUUUUGUUUCUGGUUGUUAUUUUUACUCAAUUAGGGGCAAAAAUUAGAGUGGGCAACUCCCAAGAAUGACGUCUCUCAGAUAUUAGCGUCCUUGACUCUAGGCCACAAGUGUAAAUUGGCUCAAGGUGAGAAUUACCUGAUCAAUUAGUAACAGAGGUAUCUAUGAACAACAGUGGCUUCCAGUUAACCUUAGCAAACUCAGAUUUCUAGCAGCUUUGACAUCUGUGGUGGUGACUAAGUAAUAUGUCUGCCACUUCUAGGUCAAAGAAAUAACCUGUUAGUAUGGACAGAAAUUUGGUUGGGAGCAUCUUGUAUGUCACCUUUGUGUGACAUGGUACCGAUGUGGAGGUCAUGGUCUUCCUUCCUGGGGGUUGCCUUUCCCAUUCUUCCUUCAACUUGCAAUGUAACAGAUCUUUUGCAGAUUUUUAGGAUAAUUUUAUCAAUGAAUGUGUUUUUCCUUUAUUCGCACAACCUGUAUAGCCUGUCUUGUCCCCUUGUUAUUUGCUUCUGCUGUACAAGACAUAGAACCUUUUCUCCUCUUUGAACAUGGUCCAGUGACACAGUAGCAUCAUUGCAGAAAGGAGCCAGACUUGUUCUCAAAGAACUAUGUUCACUUUUCAGCAAAAGUAGCAAUGGUUGUAACAUAUGUAUUCCCUUCCUCUGAUUUGAAGGCACAAUCAAUAAUGUUUCUUCACUUCUUUUCUGAUCUGGGGCAUGAAAAACGAAGAUUGAGAUUUGAACUAUGAGUCUUCUGCAUGGCAACAUAAUGUGUGUCACCGUCAGGCCAAUGGGCCAGCCCUUGCGAGGGUGGUUUUCUUACUGUUGUAUCUCUGUUGCAUGAUAAACACUCAUCACUUUCCUCCUGUAGUCCUGCCUCGUACUCCCCUUACUCUAAGAUUGAAAGGUAAAACAAAACCCCCACUUUUCCCACCCCUUUAGAAGAAAAUUAACAUUCUGACAGUUGUGGUCGCCUGGAGUACUUAUAGAUUAUUAGCACUCGUCUUCCUCCUUUGUGGGUGUGUGUUCGUAUGUGCUCAUGUACAAGAUAGGCACAGGCAUCUUCUGUAUGGACAAAAGUGGGGUACCUACAGGAGAGCAAAUGUUAAUUUCAUGCUUUUAGUAAAAACAUUUAAAAACAAAGAUCUUUAUUCGGUGGAAUUAUAUUUGAUGCAAAUAUUUGAUCAUUAAAAUCUUGUAGGUAAUUUGCCCAGUUUUUUGACUGCUCACCAAUAACCUCUAAAAAUACUAAUUAUUCUUCCUAUUUGUGUAAUAAUAAGACAUUCAUAUUUGUAGUUGCAUUAUUAAUAGUUAAUUCUUAGUCCAUUGAGUGUUCUCAUGUGCCUCUUUUAUUCCAAAUUAACUGUCAUAUAUCAUAUUGGGUCCAAGUGGUUUGCUCAGGGCAAACCUAAAUUUAUGACCUGCUGAUGUUACUCAGAAAACUGAGUAACACUGUAAACACACUGGAAAAUGAAUACACAAAAGACAGCUCUUCUUGAAAAACAAACAAAAAAAAUUCUUCCCUAAUUCUGUUGCUGGCCAAAAUAAUAGCCUGUGUAGAGGGGACUGCAUUCCUUUAUAAAAAUUAGAUGACUCCUGUUGCUCUUUUUCCUUCCGAAAAUAUUUAUACUUUACUGAUGUUAUUUGUUACUUGAGUGAUCAACUUUGAUGGAGGGGGAAAAACAGAUGAACUUGAAAAAACUCUAAAUUCUUGUUCUCUAUUAAGGAAAAGGUAUGAAAAUCUUUAUAGCAAACUCUUUUAUAAACUAAAGUUUACCUUUUAAUAUGUCAUAAAUUCUCAUUUAUUUGGAGUUCAGUCUUGGGAUGUCUCCAAUGUUUAUGUUCUCUUAAUGCUGCCUACUUUUGAGGCAUUCACUGCCCUAGACACCUUCCAGAGGUAGCAGGAGAAAUGCCAGAUAAAAUCAACUCUUGCUCUUCCUAGUUGUCAGAUUCUCUAGAAAAGGGACCAGAGCAGCAGGAGCCCCCUUGCUUGGGCAUCCUUGGGCCAGUUCAUUCUUUUUAAAUUAGUCUUGUCAUGGCUCCCAGUUCUCUGCCAUAGCAAAUUUAAAUUGCUAAUGAUGUGUGAGCAUCAGAUAUCUGCCCCUCUUCCCCCCAUCUGCUUUUCCUCACUGAUCCCAAUUUUGUGGCCUAUCCGCCCAUUCAACUUUCUUUAUUGUACGUUCUCAGAGUGACACCACUUGUCAUAUUUACAACAACCUUUCUGACCUUUCAGCCAAAUCAGACUUUGUUCCUGCCUUCAAAACAUUAUCCUCCUGCCCUCCCUCCCCACUGGCUCUCUUUUGCAGUCAACCCCAUCUGUCUAGCUGCCUUUUGCAUCUCUCACCUUUCCUAGUAUGUCAUGUGAUCCUGCAUAGCUCUUGUGGGUUUUGUUUGUUUUGUUUUGUUUUCACCUUGCUUCUCUCACUCAAUUUAAAAAUUCCUCCCUAGCGAGAGCUUUCUUUUUUACGUCUUCCUUUCUCUUCCUGCAGUGUUUUGCAUAUAUUAGCUGCUCAGUAUAUAAGUUUGAUAUUUGAGAGUUGACUAUAUGAAAUAGUAGAUUUCCCACUAUUUUUAACAGGGUGAGCUAGAGAGUUUUCUUCUUUUAAUAACUUUCAUAUGUUCUGAAAACCUUAAAAGGUGACAGUUUUUCACUAGGAAAAUUCAGAUCCAUCUGUUUAAAUUUCUGAGAAUGUGAGGAUCAAAAUAAUGGGGAUACCCCCCUAGUUGAGAGUAUUGUUCUUUUUUAGGAUGCUGUUGUCAAUUUUGUAAGUGACCAACCAAAUUGUGGUUUGAGUUAGUAAAGCUCAAAAAGUGAUAAUAAGUUCACUACUUCAUUUCAUUUAUAAAAGGUAAGCUCUAUAUCACCUUAUAGAUUUUUCUUGUCCUAAAAUAGGUAUUCAGAACCAGAGAUCUUGUGUAUGUAUGGAAUACGUACCUGUUUGUUUACUUGUCAUUGGAAACUGGAGAAAUGAUUUUGGGCAACCUUUAUCUUUUUAUUGUGUUUGACGGAGAAUUUGUUUAGAAACAUUAGUUUUACCUUUAUCAUAUUUUCAAAAUCACUAACUGCCAUCACCCACACCCCACUUUGUUAUGUCAUUUUCAGUGGCUAAUAGGGAUAAUCCAGUUAACUUUCCAGAAAAGAGCAGUGAACAGGAAGUUUUCCUGCAUUUGGCUUUUGACAGCUCUUAUCAUUUAGGACCAAGUUUCCAUUACCUUUAGUCUUUUGGAAAAAUAAAAGAGGGCAUUUGUAAUAAGCUUCUCUAUAAGACAUCAGUGGAAUCUUAAAAGUGUUGUUAACAUGGUUGGUGAGAGGGGAAACAUUUUAGUUUUUAUUAGCCAGAGCGUUAUUUACAAAAAGCCAUUGUUGAGAAUUAGAUCCCACACCAUAUAAAUAUCCAUUAACCAUUCUAAAUAAAGAAAACUCCAGUGUUGCUAUGUGCAAGAUCCUCUCCUGGGGGCUUUUUCCAUAGCAAUUAAAGGUGUGCUAUUUGUCAGUAGCCAUUUUUUGCAGUGAUUUAAAGACCAAAGUUGUUUUACAGCUGUGUUACCGUUAAAGGUUUUUUUUAUAUGUAUUAAAUCAAUUUAUCACUGUUUGAAGCUUUGAAUAUCUGCAAUCUUUGCCAAGGUACUUUUUUAUUUAAAAACAUAACUUUGUAAAUAUUACCCUGUAAUAUUAUAUAUACUUAAUAAAACAUUUUAAGCU